UUUUAGCUCCUUCGGCGGCAGGGAAGGUCCCACUGCCAAUUCCUCCUGAGCUGCUGGCAUUGGUUCCAUCCUCUCUGCCAACACCUGGGACAGAACAACAGGAACAGGGUCACAGCAAGCCAGCAGUACGACGCUCACCUCCAUCACCAAAGAGACAAACCGUCACAUCUCCCAGUAUUGGUUCCGUAUCACAGGGUGUGUGGUCCUUUGCCCCUGUCAGAGAUGAGCAGGAAACUGCAUUGGCUGAAGCUCUGGCACACCCUACCACGGCUCAGCAGCACCCAAGACCCCUCACCCACCCUGCACCCUCUCCUCCAGCUCUCUCUGCCCAGCCUGCCCACCCAGCAUCGGCCUACAGCUAUGAUCAGGAUGUUCGCCAAUGGAACUGCUCUCGCCAGCAGCGUAUUUGGAUGAAGACUGAACUGGAAGCUUUGGGGCUCUGGCCAGCGUCCCGACCAGUGCGCCACCUGAUGAACAUGGUGUCCCUGUGGCGUCAUCCACCUCAGCCGGAGUUAAUUGAGACCAGCUCUAAGCUUCCGUCUCCUAAGCACUUUCAGCUUCACCCCUUCUUCAUCUGGAAGCCAGAGCAUGCCAUCAUGGAGAGAGUCAGGAACAACUACAUCCUGCCCUGUCUGUAUGGGUGUGCCUCUCCACAGGUUUUGUCUGCAGGUGUUGGAAGGCCUUGUGUGAUUGUUGGCACCAGUGGCCAGUACUACAUCUUCGCCUCCCGACUUACCUGCAAAGUCUGUAGGCGCUACUGGUUUGCAGACAAACCACAGUGGUUGGAAACACUUCCCAGGAGGUUCACCAACAUCCUCCCAGCCUUCCUCACACACAAGAAGGCCAUUUGCAAGACCGUCAUGGAUGAGCUGAGAAGAACCGGCAAGUCCCCAAAUGACAUGGCCAACCAGGUGACAGAGUUGCUGCACUUAAAAUAUGAGCGUGCCAACCUGGCCUACCUCCUGGCAGUGCAGAACAUUAGGGAUGCGGAAGCAGGGCUUUAUGGGCAGGCUACCAUCACUGGCUAUCUGCAACAAGCGGACUCUCCUGCACCCUUUGGCCAGUAUGAGGACCAAGAUGGCUGGUAUGGAGUCUCUGUGUCUUCGCACUACCUGACGGACUACCUCCUACAGGAGUUCCAGCGGCAGGAGGCGGCAUUUACCCAGCUCCUCCAGGGAACAUUUGGACAGGUCUUCCGGUCAGACCACACACGCCGAAUGGCUAGGAAGGUUACCAUCUCAUCUGGCACUAUGUCAUCAUAUGCCAUAAUGAAUGAGAACUGGAUGAUCCUGUCCUGGGUGAUGCUGCAGUCAGAGUGUGACAAGUCGCUCAAGCCCAUGUACGAGGGCCUGGCCAACCGCUACAGUGCUGCUGGGGUGGAGAAGGCAAAGUACCAGUGGGUGGACAGAGACUGCUGUGCUCCAUUUCGAGUCCCGGACCUGCAGCCCUUUGGGCACCUUCAGUGGGUUUCCUGGCAGACCACCGAUGCCAUCGUGGUACAGGCCACCUCUGGUAGCCUGAUCAGCACCUGCGCAUCUCGGAGCAAGUUCAACCAGGACAUUGCUAUCAGGCUGGACUUGUUUCACUGCAUGCGCAGGUUCACCAGGGAGUGUGUGUCUGAGCAUCAUCCACUCUAUAGCACAUUCUGCAAGUUCCUGUCUGCGGCAUUCACUAUUGUGGACCAGGGAGACCUGCAGAAGCUGAAAGUGGCCUACAGAUUCUGUGGGAUUGUGCCUGCUGAACCCACCAAACAGCACAUAAGGGAGCACUGCAGGAUGAAGGUGCCGUAUCCGAGGGAGCUCGUGCAGAGAGUGGAGGAUGUCCUUCGCCAUUUCCAUCUGGCCAAGGACCCUAACGACACCCUGCUGUACAAGCCCUCCAUGCUGAAGAUGUGGAGGAUCCAGCGAGUCCACAUUUUGAGAGGCUGCCUCAGCGACGCAGAGGUAGAGGAUGGGGUCCUGUACAGGUACGGGGGCACUGUGCAGCUCAACCACGUGAAGAGGGCAGGAGCCACUGUGCCAGUCUGGAUCCCCAUCAGGGGCACAUCUCAACAAGAGGGCUUCCACUUUCACCAGGCCCUUUGGGUGACUGGGAACCAGGUCUCCAACGAGCUGUUCCAGGCUCAGGGGUUAGCUGGAGUGGCGCGAUGGAAUUUCCAGAGCCUGGUGGACUUGAAGCUGCCUGAAGUGGUGCUACCGGCAAUGUUUGACCCUGUUUUGGUAUGUGAACUCAACCAGGCUUCUGAGAAGGUGAUGGGGCAGUUUAAAUACCCAGCACUGCACAUCACUGGCAGGGACACAGGAGAGAGGUUUGGACUGCAGUACCUGGAGCCAGGCUGCCGUCCAGUUCCUUUGGACUGGCAGAAACAUAAAACCCAAAAGACAGUCCUCCCUCCUCCUGUGGAGACACAGCUGCCUUCCACCCAGGCAUUGUCUGCGCCACCUGUGGUACUUCACUUCCCACCCACAGUUGAAGAUAAGAGGGACACAGACACCGCACAGAGCUUUGAGAGUGGUGAGCCGUCCAUUGAACUGGACCCAUCCCUGACAGCACGGACCCUGCCCUCACCACAGUCCUCGCAACAGACAGCCUUUUGCCACCCAAAACUGUCCACAAAACAGGAAGAGGAGAGCAACAUUCUCUCUUUAAUGGACACAGGUCUGCAAAGCACUUCUCCCCUGCCACAAGCUGCCUCUCCCAGAGCUGCGCGCACAGGUCCAGUAAAGACAGGAGGGCUGGUCUUUGUCUUGGACCACAACAGGUGGCCAUCACCCAUGACAGCAGUCAUUGAUGGACUCCUGGCGAAGCACAAGGGAGAGAAGGAUUUCCUGCAGCAGGAUUUCCUGCAGCAGGUGGAAAGAGACUAUGCUGCUCUGGUGCAGAGUACCUGCUCUGGCCCCAACAGUCUCCUGCACCCCACCACAAGGCAGCAUAUUUCACGGUAUGUGAAGUACUUGGCUAAGAAGACAAAUGCCAGUACUUCCUUAAACACCAGCCCCGAGAAGCUGCAGGAGACCCAGCAGCUGUGGCAGCAUCUGACUGCAGGGAGUCAGACUGUCCCAGUCGUCACCCUGCCUUCAGCCCUUAUAAACCCAGUCACAUCUCAUGGUAGCGACACCCAGGGAGCCCCUGUGACCAAGGCCACAGUGGAAAAGCUGGUGCAAGAGAUCUUGCAGAAACAGCAGGCAGCGAUGCAACCUCAAAAAAAAAAAACGAGGAACUGCCUUGCCUGUGGCCAGCCGAAAUCACGGUACCUGGGUGAUGGCUCCUCCAUCCAUCACUUCUAUCAGAGCGGAGAGGUGAAGUUCUUCUACUGCUCCACAAGGAUGUACCAGACGUAUCCGCGUGACAGGCGGGGAUACUGACCACUAUACUAACGAGGACAAAGCUGGUUAGUGCGCCCCCUGUCGCCCGUGGCUUUACCCUGAAAAUGCCAGUAAACACCGACGUGUUCUCUUCCACAAUGUGUCCUAAUUAGAAGGGAACAUACGAUGAAAUUCACACGGGUUUUGUAUGGGUUGUAGACUCUUUUCGUUAGUGCAGCUUGUGACAUCUGUGAAUUUGUUUGACAAGAAUUUUUACAUGUACGGUUGCGGCCAAAAGUUCACAUGCACCAAGGCUUAAGAUACUCAAACUCAGUUUUUCACGACUCCGCACAUUUCAUGUUACCAUACGUAUCUUUUGGCUAGUCAAUUAGGGCAUCUGCUUUGUUCACAUCAGCGGUAAUUUUACAACAGCCGAUUAGAGACAGAUUUAUUUCCGUUUUAAUUCAUUCAGAAUUCCAGAUGGUCGCAGGUUUA